AUGUCUAUGGCUAUGGCUCCUACUGUGAAAGUGGUUCUUGGCUUAAUUAACUUUGGUUUCUUCUGGAUGUUGGCGGUUUUCCCCGCCGUCCCGUUCCUGCCUAUUGGAAGAACUUCAAGAUCCCUGCUUUGGGCUAUGCUCAUGGUCAUUUUCAGACUCAUAACUCUUCGUCAAGCAUAUGCUGCUAUUGAUCUUCAGAUUCUUGGUCUUCUCUAUGGGACAGUGGUUGUCGAUGAUGCAUAA